AUAGCCAUCAGCUCUACAUUCCCUGUCUCUACCUCCUCAUCUUCCAUUAGCUCUAGCUCCUCCACCAGCUCUGUUUCCAGCCCUUCCACUGCAGUCAUCCCUGCAAUCUUCAGCUCCUCCUUCUCCUCCUUAGCCAUCAGCUCUACCUUUCCUGUCUCAACCUCUUCAUCUUUCAUUAGCUCCAGCUCCUCCAUCGGCUCUGUUCCCUGCCCUUCCACUGCAGUCAUCCCUGCAAUCUUCAGCUCCUCCUCCGCCUCCUUAGCUGACAGCUCUGCCUUUCCUCUCCAGCUCCUCCACCAGCUCUAUUUUUCCAGCCCUUCCACUGCAGUCAUCCCUGCAAUCUUCAGCUCCUCCUCCUUAGCCAUCAGCUCUAUCCUUCCUGUCUCAACCUCCUCAUCUUCCAUUAGCUCCAGCUCCUCCAUCGGCUCUGUUCCCUGCCCUUCCACUGCAGUCAUCCCUGCAAUCUUCAGCUCCUCCUUCUCAUCCUUAGCCAUCAGCUCUACCUUCCCUGUCUCAACCUCUUCAUCUUUCAUUAGCUCCAGCUCCUCCACCAGCUCUGUUCCAUGCCCUUCCACUGCAGUCAUCCCUGCAAUCUUCAGCUCCUCCUCCGCCUCCUUAGCUGUCAGCUCUGCCUUUCCUGUCUGA